AUGACCUCUGAAUCUCCCACCAAUGGAACUUUUGGCUUUGGUACCGAAGCUAUCUAUCUAUCCACGACCUUUGUCCAGCCGGACGUCGCCCAACCUACCAGCAAAUAUAUCUACUCGCGAUCCAACAAUCCCAAUCGAGAAAGCCUCGAACAUGCUUUGGCUAAACUUGAACGUGCCAAGCAUGCAUUGGCAUUUUCGUCGGGACUCGCAGCUACGGCGGCAAUCGUCCAGGGCCUAGCAUUCAACCGCCACGUCAUUUGCAAUGCCGACCUGUACGGAGGCACUUACCGCUUCUUAACGAGAGUCGCGAACACGAAUUGUGUCACGGUAGACUUCAUCCCGUCUCUCGAGAAAGAUGUGACCCAAUACCUCAAACACAACACCAAAUUGAUCUGGAUCGAGACUCCCAGCAACCCGACUCUUUCUCUGAUCGAUAUUCGGUCAGUCGCGGAGGUGGCUCAUGCAAGAGGGAUUGUGGUAGUUGUCGACAGCACCUUGCUGUCCCCGUAUCUCCAGAACCCGCUGGACCAUGGCGCAGAUAUCGUGCUGCAUUCCGUGACUAAGUAUAUCAACGGGCACAGCGAUGUGUUGAUGGGUGCCAUUGCGCUAAACUCGGAUGAUAUCAAAGAAAAGCUCAGCUUCAUUCUGACAUCGGCCGGUAGUGUUCCAAGCCCCUUCGACUGCUGGCUAGCUCAUCGUGGCAUCAAGACCUUGCAUCUCAGAGCCCGUGCUGCGUCAGACAACGCAGCAGCUCUCGCAGCUGUCCUCGAAGACUCCCCCCAUGUGUUGUCGGUAAACUACCCAGGCCUCGUCUCGCACCCCCAUUACCACAUUACGGUCAAGCAACACAGGGGUGGAAUGGGAGGUGCCAUGAUAUCCUUCCGGAUUCGAGGAGGCGGGGUUUCUGCAGCUCAGUUUUGCAAGCGAACCAAGUAUUUCACUCUUGCGGAGAGCUUGGGUGGUGUCGAGAGCCUCUGCGAAAUACCUGCGAAAAUGACGCAUGCUUCUAUGCCGCGGGAGGCUAGAGAGGCUGUUGGGGUUUAUGAUGACUUGAUUCGAUUGAGUGUCGGUAUUGAGGACGUGGAAGACCUCGUUGCAGACCUUCAAGUCGCUCUGGAGGAAGCUGUCCAGGCCGUUGAAUCCAACUAA